AUGGCUAUUCUCAAGCUCAAGGCUGUCGCCAGCAUUCUAGCUUUCUGUGCUGCCUCUGUCGCUGCAACUGGGGGUGAGACUGCUACAUGUCUGUCUGCUCAUACCAUCACCGAAACUGCUGUGACUGAUUCUGGUUAUACAAUCUCUGACGGCACUACUGUCUCUACCAUGAACAUCUGCACUGUCACCCACGAGACCCAGUGCAAUCAAGUCACCUCAGUGCCUUAUAGCGCCGAGAUGCAUCCUUCCUCUGCCGCCGACAUUCCACCUGCUCCCACUGGAGCUAAUCCUCCUGCUGACAGCUCCGCUACCUCCGUCGGUGCCCAGGGUGCCUCUGCUUCCUCCGAGGCCGGUCCUUCUGCUGGACAGACUGGAGCUCCGUCUACUGGUGUCCCUGUUGUCCCUAUUCCUCCCGCCUCCGGGCCCAGCUACGUCUCUGGACCUGGUUCUUCCUCCGGCGAGCAGGAAACCAACCCUGGCCCUACCGACUCCGUCGGUGUCGAGAACCCUUCCCCUUCUGCUGUUGACAGUGUCACCAAUGUGUCCGGCGUCCAGACCAGCACUGCCGCUUACGGAUCCUCCGUCUCUGACACCGCUGUCGUUGUGACUGACUCCGAGACCGGGUACGAGUCCGUUAUCUCUGGCACUGCCACAGACACGUAUCCUUCCUCUGCUGAAGAGUCCGACGAGAGCACUCCUACUGGCACUCCGGGUGUCACUGCCAGCGCAGCAGCUAAGGUGCUUGCUCCUGGUGCCGCACUUGGCAUCGCUGGCAUGCUCAUCGCUGUCAUCUUCUAA